GUGUGCCUCGUGACGCGAAGGAGAGAGUGUGUCAAAUAUCGCUGCAACCGGGACAGUCUGCAAGAUGGCGUCCGCGGCAACCACGACCUCCGCACCACAUUGCGACUUCCAGGAAAUGGAGACCCUCUACCAGAACUAUUACGGCAUCAUGGAAUUGUGUCCCAAGUACGUCGGGAAAAUUCUCUGCAUCGAAUGUGGAGAUAAAAAUCCUACAGAAACGUAUAAGGAAUACUUGGAGAGACUUUGGGGCCAGUCCUUCACUCAAACAGAAUGGAAAAAAAUGAGCGGAAACAAAUCCAUGGCAAGCUCAUUUGAAACAGACACGACUUCUGAUGAUAUGGAUAUGACUACGCUGUUCAAACUCUUCCAGAUGAUUUUCGAAAUGAAGAAAAAUGAUGGGAGGGACCCGGCAGAAGUAAUAGAAAAAUUGAAAGCUGUCAAAGACGUUAGAAAUGAUAUGAUGCACAACGAACAAUCGAUGAAGGAUCCAAGCAGAAUUAUUGAAAUAGAAGAACGUAUGAAAAAGCUGAUCCAAAAGAGUGGCGAGUUUUAUAACCUUCCCGAUAGUGAAACAAGAUUAAUGGAAUAUAAUCUGCAAGUCGAGAUAAAAAGUGGGCCUACUUCAGCUGGGAAGAAGCUGGCUUACCACAUCCACCGUUUACUUAUCGAGGGGAAAAAAUGUGCGGUCCGGCGUUUCCAAGACUUUACCGAAGAAGAUCUUCCCUUCGACGUCGGCCGCGUGGAUCGGUCAGAUGUGUUUUACUCACCUGAAAUAACACUAAAAGACGAGGAGAAUAACCGUUUCGAAUACCAAGCCAUGUUCAAUUCAAGUGAUAAAAUCGUAAUAGUUCUGGGCGAGGCAGGGGCUGGCAAGACGACCCUACUCAAGAACAUAAUCUUGCAGUUCAUUGAAAUGUCGAAAUCCGGCAGACACUUUCUGGACGAUUUUGAACUUCUUGUCCACAUCGAGUGCCGGAAUAGGACAGUGAAGAAUUUGCAGCAAGUCUUUGUGGGACUUUUUGGACGCGUGUGCUUUGAGAUUGGAGAAGACUGUGUGCUGCAAGCACUGUCACGUCUACGCGUGCUGUUUCUGGUCGACGCAUUCGAUGAGCAUAACGCGAAAUCCAUCACAGUUCUACGUGAGCUGUUCCAGGGGACCUGGGAUCCCAGUUCACGUAUACUCAUCACAAGCCGUCCUUCUGCUGUCGGAAAACUUAGACAAUUCCUUGCUAAAAAUAACUGCCAUUUCUCAGAAUACGUAAUUGCGCCUCUUUCCCAGCUCGAAGAACAAAUGAACUUCAUCGAAAAGUACGAACAAAGACUAAACACAGACCCUGCGGUGGCUGGAAUGAUGCCUAAAUGGUUCUCCAGGCUGGACCCGCACAUCAGGUCCCUCUUCGUCACACCAAUGGCCCUGCUUCACUACUGUGCAAUUCACCUACGUUUUCCAGACAAUGUAAGAAAUUGGAGAAGCGCAAGCGACGUGUCAGGAGACACAUUGAAGCUGUACAGAACUAUCUUGGAGGAAAAGCUCAGCGAUAUCAAUGUCUUCGACGUAGAUCUCCUUAUUGAUAACCUUUUCGUGAUCAUAGGAAAAUUCGCCCUAGAGUUUCUUGUCAGUGACAGGAUCACCUUUACUGAAGACGAGUUCCUUCUUCUCAAGCGUCCUUGCCACUCUGAAAUAACGUCACACUGUAGCGACAAGGAUAUCAAGUCUGACGUACUGCUCUCCGCGAUGUUCAGUAUGAGAAAAUCGCUGUCUGGGAACGCGGGCGCAACAUACUCAUUCGCACACAAGUCCAUCCAGGAACGGUCAGCAGCUCAUUACGUAAAAGAGCGUAUGCUCAACACCGGAGAACCACUAUUGAGCAUACUGGGCGUGGCGUUAGAAACGAAUGCAAGCAUCUCCGCUCAUCGAGAGAGGCAACAACUAGCGGAGGAAUCCGUCGACUGCGAUGAUAAGGAGUCAGAGUCUGUCGAGCAAAAUAACCUAGAACACUUCCUGGAAGUCUUUCUGUACGUCCUGAAGGAGCUGAGUAGCUGUUGCCCGCCGCAGUUCCAGAGAUACUGGCCCCAACUGAGGGAUGCCAUCGCUGCUGCCGGUGUCACCAGAGGCGCCGAUUGGCAGGCGGUGCUGCUUAGGAGCCCAGACGUCACUGAACUGGGGAAGCACGCGGCCAAGAUCACGAUCGAAGAGACGGACGUAUGGGACGUUCACACCGCUAGCGACGUCGCGGCAGUGGCAUUAAUGCUGCCGCACCAGCAACCCCGCCUCAUCACCGUGAAGCUGCCAGCUGCGGUGCUGCGUGCUGCAGGCACCAGCUGGUCCGAUCUGGUGCGGCUUCAUCGGGGACAACUAAAGCUCUUCACUGCAGCAGGGGCACCAAGUCCCGAGCCUUGUGACGAUCUGCUGGAGUGCCUCAAGGACUCCAGGUGUCAGCUCGCUUGGCUGGAUAGCUGCAUCAGCAGCGCGUCUGACGUCGACGCAGUGGCUUCUGUGGCUACGGCCACAACUGAACUGUGGAUCUCGCUCCCCACCCCCCUCAACCUGCACGCCCUGCAGGGCAACUAUAAGCGUCUAGUCGUGAACAUUUGGCCACUGGAUGCUGCGUGGAGUGCGUUUCUCCAGUCAGCCCAGUCACCUUGCCAAGUGAAUCCCGGAGCUGAGGUCGCCCCUAGCGAUGCCAUCGCUGAUGGGGUGCGCCUGCCACCCUUGCCACCUCCGGGGUUGAUGUUAUGGGGCGCCGAGCCAGGAAGCUUUGAGACCAUCGCCCGAGUCAUCCGCACAAUUGCCCCUGUAUCAAAAAGACUGGGCGGCACGUGGCUGCCGAACUGCGAUUUGGGGGAAGAUGAACUGCGGAAACUACUGGCGCAACUGCAUUACGAUGGCAUAAGGAACGCCGAAACCAGCCACACGCGAUAUACAAAACAUCCCGGUGGCCUCGUGAGACUUCAUGUGACAGACGUGCCUUCUGACUUCGACGGCGCUACGAGCUCCGUUUGUAAAAUCCUCGCCCGGCUGCAGUCCAGUGGCGCUGGGGACUUUGAGGUCCUGUGGCCGGAGUGGCGACGUGCGAUGGAAGAAGCGAGGGCCUCAGCACGGGACUGGCGGGAGGCUCUGCUAUGUCGCCCCUGCGAAGAGAGGCUUGCCGCCACAGCCGCCCAAGCUACUAGGAAGGAGGAUGGACAGUUCAUGAUAACGAGCGGUCGUGAUCUGGACGCGGUUGCCCUCAUGCUACCUCACGCCGAAGACACGACGGUGAAGGUAGAGGCGUCACCGGUAGUUCUGAGAACUCCUACGUGGCAGCAAAUUGUCUCUCAACACAACGGGCGAUUGCAGCUUCAUCUUCCACUGCUGGGCUCUGAGUUUCAAUCUUGUGACGACCUGCUCCAGCCGCUGGCCGGCAGCAGGUCCAAAAUUGUUCGUUUCGAGAGCGGUAUAAGUACGGCUGCAGGCGUCGCGGCUCUGUCGGCCGCAGCGGUUUUUGCUCAGCUUCUCAUCCGCCUCGAGGCUCCGCUGUCUCUCGGCCCUCUGCUCGGCAAAUACUCAUUCCUAGCCGUGUAUACAGCAGUGAUUAACCCCGCCGUGGCAGCGGUGCCACUACCUGCCUCUCCUCCUACUUGGCUGUAUGUGCUAGGAGCAGCUGCCGGAAGCUGGGAGGCUGUGGCCCAGACGGUGACGACUUUUGCUCCCAGCAGCAAAAGGUACGGGACCAUUAUCCUGCAGGAGUCAGAGCUGAGCGCUGAGGAUGAGGGCGGCUGCUGGCGCUGCUGCACGAAGGAGGCAUCAGAACCAACGACUCAGGCGCCACGUUCUGCGAGCUCGCAGGUGAUGGCAUACGACAGCUCCACAUUUGUGACUAUCCUCCGGAUGCUCGCUGUCCGUGAGAAGAGAAGUGCUGGCAGUUAUGAAGUUUCUGCAUUGCUGGAACCCAUGACUUGGCCCAAGACGAAUUGGCCUCCACCCAGCAGAGCUUAUGGAUUAUUAGUGCCCCAGCUUCCCUAUUACAUUAACAGCUGUGCAAAUCACAAUGUAACGUAGCUAAACUCUUUGCUUGAAAUUAUGUAGUACUCUACACUGUAGAGUACUAACUACUACAUAAGAAUGCUGUAGAGUCUACAGCAUUCUCACUGUUUACUUGGAAGCAAUGUCAAGUGUUUAAAUUUACAGGAUGUCACUAUACCGUUAGAAGUUUGUUUGGCCCGUUCAUGUUCGCAGUUUCUUAUUCAACAUUUAGUUCAUUGCCUGCGUGCGAUACUCAUGCAAGGUGCGCUCAUGCCUGCCUGCCAGGGCAUAUCAAUUGGUGCAUGUUGCACACCUGCCAAGGCCUAUCAAUGGAUGCAAAUUGCAUACCUGCCAAUUAAGGCAUGUCAACGGGUGCGCAAUGCCUGCCUGCCAAGGAAUGUCAACGCGUGCGCAUUGCGUCCCGUACAGGCUGCUUCUUUUACUGAGUAUAUUUUUCAUCGAA